AAAUGUGGAGAAUAAUGAUUGAUGGUGAAGGUAGGUGGGGAGACAUUCUUGGUCGUUUACUCACCACACAUACAGCCUGUACUGUACCCACUUCUUUCACAUGGACCUCCGACGACCCGACAUCAGGAUCCGUUUUUCAAACAUCCUUUCAAGUUCUAAUCAUAUCAACAAACAUUGAUUAUAUUAUCUCAAAGCAAACGUGUGCAGGUGAGGGGUUUAGGUGUAAUGUGGAUAGCAGAAAUUUGGCAAGACCACCGACCAGGAAACUUCCAAUGUAUGACCCAAUUAUCUCCUCAAACCCCACCUACAAACCCCACUUCAACGAUCAUAAUUUUCUCAUCUUUUAAGGUUGCACACAAGGUGUUUGUUGAAUUGUCUAAGAGAGUUGGUUUGGUGCAUUUUGAUCAAAUUCUGUGUCCCUUUUCAUCAUUGUACAUUAUAAAGAUUCCACAACUCAAAAAUAUUGUUACAGUUGUAUGCUAUGGAGGAUUCAUGGUUGAAUUUUCAGUGGCCAUUUAAUGCUGCUGAUGAUCACUUCAGUUCAUUAACAGGAGUUGGAUACUAUGAUCCUGUUAUGGAACCAUCUCCAAGGCCCACUAAACAGGUCAAGGUUCACACCAGUGAUCAGUUGUUGGUGAAUCAGAAUCUAGUUCAUGGAAGUGAUUGCGCUAGUCAAGGGUCUCUUGCGAAGGCGAACGAUAGAGCUUUUGUGUCGCCAAAGGGUACCGAUGAUUUUAGUUGUAAUAAGUUACCAUCUUCCUAUUCUGGGAAUGAAAAAUGUUAUGUUUUUAGUAAAGAUUUUGAAGGUGGCAGUGGUGGUGCAAGUAUAACAUCUACUAAGAGCACCAGUAGAAGAGUUGGUCCUUAUCAAGAUCAUAUAUUGGCUGAGAGAAAGAGGAGAGAAACGCUCAGCCAAAGGUUCAUUGCCCUCUCUGCUCUACUCCCUAACCUCAAAAAGAUGGAUAAGGCUUCUGUUCUCGGAGAUGCAAUCGAGUACAUGAAAACCCUUCAAGAGAAAGUGGAAACACUUGAGAAGCAGGCCUCGAAGAGAUCAAACGUAGAAUCUAGAAGAUUUGAGAUGGUGAACGUCGGCGGUGAAAUAUCUUCAUCAGAUGAGAAUAUCUCUUGUUUAUCAGAGCAAUUGCCUGAAAUCAAGGCGCGGUUCAUACGCAACGAUGUUCUAAUACGAAUCCAUUGUGAGAAAAAACCGGGUGUUGUUGAAAAAACAUUAGCUGAAAUAGAGAAGCUGCACUUAUCUGUGAUCAACAGCAAUGCUGUGAUCUUUGCCAACUCCAUGCUUCAUAUCACCGUAGUUGCUCAGAUGGAUAAAGAUUUAACGAUGACAACCAAGGAUUUUGUAAGAAAUUUACAUUCCGGUCUCAAGCAAUUCAUGUGAAGAUGGUUCUUUAUCUGUGCAGUUAAUCUUGCUUGGUAAAAAGAAUUGAAACCUUUGGGUUCAAUUUGCAGGAGGGUUUCUGUUUCUAACUGUAUUGGUUGACUUUGUUGACCUUUUUAACAAACCACCCUCUUGUUGUAAAUAAGUAACCUUAUGGCUAGAUGUACAUAAGUGGGCAUUCCUGUUCACAACUUCCUUUCUUUAUUAUAUGGUUUAUAAAUGAAAACACAAAGCUUUGUGUCAGUCAGUUAUUUGGUAAA